GUUUUGACUCAGCACACACAACUGGCACAGGUGCAUGAAAGAGUGACAGGACAACGAUAAUGAGACAUUGUGGUGAAAUGCUGCUACUAGUGCGUGUUGAAGUUGUUGUUUGUACAGGAGGAUUUUGUAAACAUGGAUUUGAUGGAAUGAUUGACACCGGGAAUGGAUAAAGAUACCACAUUUAAGGAGGAGCCACACUGGAGAGACACCAUGUAUCUCAUUCAACCUUCCUCCCACUUAGGAGCAGGUGGGAACACGGUAGACCGUAAGCUCCAAACUAAAAGGACUGUUUAUUUGAUUGUUUUUUCAUCCAUAUAUCCUGAGUGCAAUGGCCAGACUAAUAUCUAUUUGUAUUUGGCUGUUAUCUGUUGUGGACUCAUCUCAGAUGUCGAGCCAUCCCAUCAUUGAGAUUCUUGGAAAGUCCAUCAUGUUGCCUUGCAGGCUGAAUUCAUCUGCACCAGUUGUCCCAGCAAGACUCACACUCUACUGGACAGCAAGACUCAAGCACCAGAAGGAGGAGCAAGUGGUCCAUGCCUUACACAACGGAGAAGAGAACAACGACCCCCAAUUUCCAGUCUAUAAAAACAGGACGCAAAUCUUCAAGGACCAGCUUUCUUCUGGGAAUUUCUCCCUCUUGCUCAAAGAUUUAAGGGUUGAAGAUGACCUCGCAACCUUUUUCCUCUUUUAUCAUCAAGAGGAUGGAGAUUACAACACACUUAACCAAAACAAAGAGACGUGCUUGACCACUGUGAAAGUAGCAAAAAGCUACCAUAAACCCAUUGUGACAGUGAACUAUGAAGAAUGGAAGGCAGAAUGCACUUCUCAGGGAGGCUACCCUAAACCUAGACUGACCUGGACCAAUCAGAACGGCUUACUAGUCCCCGAGGUUCCUCAGAUUGUUCAGGAUGCAGGAAGUGGAACAUGGAACAUUUCCAGCACGGUGAACAUCACAGAGAAUCAGACUGUGACAUGCGCCAUCUUCAACCCGUCUCUGAAAGAGACCUUGAACACCACAAGAUCAACAGGCGGGGAGCAGGAGGGCCUCUCGAUCGGUAUAAAAGCAGGGAUUGGUGUUCUGGCUGUUGCCGUGAUUGGGUCUGCACUGGUGUUAGUUUGCUGGAAAAAGCAUGCAACGGAAUGGCGGCCGAUACACAGGAGAUGAGCCCACUACGACAUAGCCUACUCCAACGUGUGCUUACUACAAAGUGUUAAACUGGUAAUGUUGAUAAAAUAUUGAUCUAUAGAAUGUUUUUUUAUCAUUGUUACCAUUUGGCACUUAGACCUUUAAUACAUUUUGAUCCCAGGAUGUGACUGAACACAGUGUCAUAGUGCUGUUAGGAACAAGGUCACUCAAGAAUAGGGUUCUCUAGCUACUAAAAUACCUCACCUCAAUUUUGAUUGAUUAUUUGUUAGUACAGUUGAAGUCGAAAGUUUACAUACACUUAGGUUGGAGUCAUUAAGACUUGUUUUUCAACCACUCCACAAAUGUCUUGUUAACAAACUGUAGUUUUGGCAAGUCAGUUAGGACAUCUACU